UUGAUCCAACCUGAUAAGAGAAUGUGAUGAGUUGUAGUUCAUCAGAGGAAUUGCUGGUAAAAACUAAAUAUCAUUUUCUAAGGUCACGGGGACAACAAGGACUGUCCACACAGUAAAUGAUGAAAUGAGCGGAGGAGCUGACUCUUGACCACAUUGUGCUGGUUCCUGUUUUAUGGGGGAUAAAAGAUAAGGAACAGAAUAAAAGAGCAGGUAGUUGAAGCCUUCACAGUUUUCUUUCAGAAAGAACAGAAGCUGCAGCAGCAGGUGAUCGUCUGUAACGUCUCCAUCAUGAAGCUCCUGAUGCUAUGCGCACUUCUCUGUGUCUUGGCUUUGACCAGAGCUGCUGAAAAAGGCACAAACAAACAAGUGCAACAACCUGAUAAAGAUGUGUCUCAGCUGGAGAACAGCUUUCUUUGGUGGUGUUCUAGUGGCUGGAGUAAGUACGGUGGCCGAUGUUUCCACUUUGUACCACAUCGUUUGACUUGGGCCGACGCUGAGAAAAACUGUCGGUCCAUGGGUGGACAUCUGGCGUCUCUGAGAAACAAGGAGGAGUAUCUUUGGGUUCAGCACCUGAUACAUACUCAAACUAACAGCUACCCAGCAACAUGGAUCGGAGCCUCCACCCUUGAAAAGGACACUCCUUGGUUCUGGAGUGAUGGAACCAGCUUCACCUUCACCUUCUGGUGCAGGGGACAACCAGACUUUCCUGAGAUACAGCGCUGUGCGCAAAUGAAUUACUCAGAAAUCAGAUGCUGGGAUAGUGUGCAGUGUGAAGGCCAGCGUCCAUCUGUCUGCGCCAAGGAGUCAAAGUUCCUCGGCUGAAACGAGGACGAGCUUUGAAGAGCAGCCCACGACUGAUGCAGUUUUUUCUGUGUUUUUCAUCUUUCAGUUCAUCCUGUUUCAUGAACAGGACAUAAACGUAGGAGCUGGUUUGUUCCUGGUGGUUUCAACUAGAACAGCCUCAUUAUUUUCUGCUAUUCUGUCUGAAGCGAAAUUAAAAUCUUUAAGCA